AUGGCCUGGCUCAGUGCAUUGUUGCUCCUGUGCGCAGUCAUCUGCGACGUUCAUGCCAAUGGCUACCCUUUUCCCCAAGAUCCCAAGGCGCUCCACGAAGUAUUCCAGGUCGACAUGCGUGCUCCCGACCGCUAUCCAAGUUCGUGUGCGAGGCCGCUGUGGCAAUCGAGAGAUGGUCGACCGAACGCUUUUGGAGGUCAACCGCUCUAUGACCCCCAGGAAGACUUUUACGGACGUGAUGCGAAUAUGCUCAAUCACAUGUGGUUCCAAGCAUACGCCAUGUUGUCGACUGCUCGGGCUGCGAUCUGGCCACGCAAUUACGCUAUGCCUCAAGUCUAUUCCCUGGUGUAUAGCUUCUUUGGUCUCUGGCCAAACCCGGACGCAGAUGACAAGGAACCGGAAGAAGGCGACAAAGUGUUUCUUGAUGUGUUACGAGCUCGCUACGCAGGUGUGCAGCAAACCAUAGAGCGCGCUCAGGCCGAUGGACGCAACAAGCCUAAAUUGUUCUGCGGCGGAGCAUACUGGGAGAUACAGUAUCCGGAAUCUCCGGCUCGGCAACGCGAUGGCAGUAUCAUUAAACGCCCAGACGGUACUGACAUGCCGCUGUUGGAAUGGGAGCUGCAGCAUAAUCGUGACUAUCACAAGUCCUGGUAUCUCUGGUACGACAUCGAUUAUCCCUCUGGGAGCGAGAAGGGCUACAUUGUCCUCGACAAGGAGGAACACCCCGCAGACCCAGCAUCAGCGCCAUUCCCAUGGCCUCUGGCCGCCAACGGCCAGCCUGAUUUUUGCUUGCAGGAAAUUUACGCCCAAGUUCUCCAUGCGACGACACCUAGAGGCCAAGGCACCGAUGCAUGGCAAGCUGCCGACCAUAUAAUCCUGUGCCCGCUCAGUUUCACUGCCAGGGUCGACAUGAACGACAUUGAUUUCGCCGCUCCGCAAACGGAAGGUAGUAAUGGUCAGGAUGGGACACAUAUCGAUCUUAUGAGCGUGCCCGGUAUCACUCUACUGCAUGAGUUGCAUCACGUUGCAUACCGAGAUUUUUCAAACGACGUGUAUCCUUGGUUCCCGAGGCGAGAUCCUGAUGAUCAGAUUACUGGGAAGAUCUCUGAGGAUUUUCCCAACCAAAAGUCGGGGUUUUCGCAAGCUCGCGUCCACCACUGCGCAGAAGGCCCCACGCAAUCAAUGUCGAUUGCAUCGUAUGAAUUGGCAGAACCUAUAUCCGAAGGCAACGACAUACAGAGUGUUUUCGCUCCAGAAAGCGCUGCGUGGUUCGCCCGAGCCAUUGACCUCACUAUGCGCACUCACCAGGACUGGAGCACAGGAUAUUGCCUACCGUGGAAUACGCAACCACUUCAGGGACCCAGUGCUCCAAUUGUAGAAAGCUGCCUGGACGAGGUAUCGAGAGCCAAGCAUUUCUUCAACGAAAGUUUGCUGAGCAACAUCUCGUAUGCGAAAGCUGGUCAUGGCGUACAGCAUCCUUGGGAAGUACCACUGUGCGACAUAUUCCGAGAGGUUAUGGCUCAGGCGUAA